AUGAACGGCAUCAAGAGCAACAGAGAAUUGUACCAGCAAUACACGGCCUCGGCCCCCAGGCUGCUGGCCCGCAUCUCCAAACUGCUCAUCCUUUGCUGGAACUCAGGCAUUUCUGUACCCAAGGGCAUUAGGAACAUCUUUGAGUUCACUUGGGAAGAACUUACUGCCUACCCCAUGGUGCCUACUGCGUCCUACAUCCUGGGCCUGGAGAUCAGCUUUGGACCCCCACCCGUGGUGCUUAUGGAACCAACCUACACGCAGGCCCCUGUCCAGAAGAAGGCGCCACCACUGGUACUACCACCACCGUUGCUGCCCGCACCCACUGGGCCUGCCAGGUUAACCCGCUCUCCCACCCAUGGCCGGGAAGCCCUGCACAAGUUCCAGCGGCGGUCCAUCCACCUGCUCACAGAGCUGCUCACCCUGAAGAGGAAGGCCAUGAUGGAGUCUGCGUCUGUGUUACGGAGCUCAUACUGGAAGGUAGGCUGCGAAGAAUAGUGUGAGGCCAAAGGCACUGCAGGGUGGAUUUUAUGGAAAUGAACCAGAGGUAGAGAGAGGCCGUACCCAGGAGGAGGGGGUGAAUUGAGAUGGCUGAGGGUAAGACCUCCAUGGUAAGCAAGACCAUCCAUGGUAAGGGUGUAACCCUAAGAUCAAGGAAGGAAGAGAGAGCCAUAUCAGUAAUUGAGCCUUCUAGAUGCUUCUAGGACCUUCUAAAUGUUAUUUUAAAUACUAAUGGCACCAGGACCCUGGCCUGUGGGUAGGAAGAGAGAAGGGUAAGGGGAGUAGAGAGCAAAAUGCCACCUGACAGGUCUUGGGAGAUUGAAACCCUUCCAUUAAGGAGACCCUUCCAUUAAAAGACCCUCAUCCUUGCUUACCCUAGGAGUAGAUCUUCCCUCUACCCUUAUUUCCUGGGCCACUUACAGAGACCCUUUCCUGGAAGCAUUAGCCCUGUGCUGGGAGGAAACUGAGUUGCUUCGAUGACUCCUUUAGUAGGUUCCAAUCAUCUGGAUGUCACAAGGCACUUCGUGGAGGCCAGCCUGCUCCUCCACCUCAAAGCCAAGGAGACAGCUUUCGACUACCUGAUCAGCACCAUUGGGAAAAGUAGCUCUGGUGUCGGCUCAAUAGG